AUAAAAGAGUUUUUUUUUUGUUUUUCUUAUUUUAUGAAAAUUUUAAGGUACCAAACCUUCUUCCAUUCUCCAAUCGACGAUCCUUCAGCCACCCUAUGGCAAAACCCAUUUACUCCCGUUCUUUCUUACUAUAAACCCUAAUUCUCUCCUCCGACGUCCAUGAAUUCCGCCCAAUUCAAUCUAUACCCAAUUCUUCCAUGGAAUCCGCUGUUAAAAUUGUAAAGAAAGAGCACAAAACCUUCGUUAGACGACGAUUACCGCCAACGCCACCACCCCCACCUUCUCUUUCUUCUUCCUCUUCCGCUCCUCUCAACCCAACUCUAAUCCCAAACCCCUCACUCCCUUGUCCUCAAAAGAAAACUCGAGAUUUGCCUAAUUUUUCGGAAUGCCAUUCUUGUGGAUUUCGUAUUGAUACCGUUGACGGUCGUUCCAGGCUUAAUUCCCUCUACAGCGAGUGGCGUAUUGUUCUUCUUUGUAAGAAGUGCUUCUCUCUUGUCGAAUCUUCCCAGGUUUGUUCUUACUGUUUUGCUGACUCGACAGGCGAUUCUUUUAUUUGCUGUGAGUGUAACCGUCGGGUUCAUAGAGAAUGUUUUUCUCAGUAUAGUAGAGUUGCUCCUUGGUCCUAUUCCUCUUCGGGUUCUGUGUUUUCUGUUUGUAUUGAUUGUUGGGUUCCUAAACCAAUUGUAACAGCGAGGGCGGUAUUGAGAAGUAGGAAAAUUAGGAGAAAGAAUGUUAAUGUUUCGGAUUUGCGGAGUUCUAAGGUCUCAACUAGUGGAAACUGCAAAUCUUUAAGUGCAUUAGUCAAGGAUGCAAAUUGUUUGGUGGAGAAGAAAGUUGACGCUGCGGUUAGAGCUAGGGAACAUGCGCUGAAAAAGGCUGCUGUUGCUAGGAGGGCUUCUGCCUUGGCCAGUGAUGCCUUAAAUUUGGUCGCGCAAAGGGAUGAAAGUGCUGCAAAAGAAUCUGGGGACUCUGCUGAGGAUGCAGAGUUGGCAAUUCAGUUGCACCGAGCUAUGAAUAGUUCUCCAAGAUUUUCCAAGAAUUUGUGUUCAACGAACUCAAACUACAUGGAUUUUGAUAAUACGAGGGUGGAUGAUGGUGAGACAUCCGCAGGAGCACUAUUUAGCGGGGAGUUUGAUUUCUUUAAAGCACCUCCAGUUUUGGUAAAUAACAAUAUAUGCAACUCUCCUGAUAAUACUGCUUCUGAGCCUUCAGUCACGGCUAAAGAUCAUGUCUCACCAUUAGAAAAUAACCAUUUAGAAUUCCUGGGUAAAGAUCUGAUGCGUGUAAAGGGCAAUGGUUGCCCCGUAAAGUGUGAUUCUGAGUCUGUGAAUGUGGAACUGACACCAGAAAAAGAAAUGAAGAGCAGCUCAAUUAAAUUAACCAAUGCCGGUUGCAAUUAUGACAGUUUAUGCUCCGAGUCUCAAUUGUCACCCACACAAGAUAAGUAUGAUCUACCUAGGGAUGAGAGGUGCAUUGCAAAGCCCUAUCACUAUUUCUUCAAAUAUAGGAGGAGAGAUACAACCAAACGUUACCUGUUGAAGUAUAGUAAGAGGAAUUCAAAAUUGAAGAGAAUGCCUGAUUGCAAUCCUAAAAUUCGUGUUGAUGGAAUGUGCGUGGGUGUUCCAUCUUCCUCUGCAGCAAUUGUAAUUAGUAGUACUGAAAAUUUUCCAGUGAUUUCAAAUGCCUCAUUUGGUUGCUGUGCUGUUCCUUUGCAAGCUUCUGGCCUGGGCGUGAAUGCAGUUCAAGAAAUCAGCAACAAAGGAGGCAGGUUGAAGAGCCUUAACAUUUGCAUAUAUAACUUCUUCGAGAUCACCAUUCAAGAAGACAUUUUUGAUAUCAAGUUGGUGAAGAGGCCAAAUUUACAGCUAGGGACAACAGAACACAAACAUUAUUCAACUUCGCCAUUGGAGUAAAUGUUUCUGGGUAAUCUAUACCAUAUGAUUGGUAAGGGAAACGGAGGGUUGGCACAAGAACAUCUGUGCAAGAGAAAAGGGACAAUGCGACUGAAUAUGAAGAAGGCUUGAAGAGAAAAACAUGGUAUUUUUUGUUAUUGCAAGAGAAGUAUUGUGAUAGAGAGGAAAUGUAUUUGGUCAAGAAAGCCUUUAGUUUGUACACCUUCCUUACUAAAUAAAAAAAAUGAUUCUACUUCUUCAUUGUACACUUUUUUUUUAAUAAAUCAAUCAAUAAAUAAAAAGCAAUUUUCAAUUUA